CGGCUCUGCCCGUCCGAGCGGAGCGACAGGGGGCGUCCGACGUGUUGCCGAAGCGCAGGCGGUGGGUGCAGUCGGGGCCGUUGUAGGGAAGGAGGGAGGGAAGUGAGAAAGGGAGGGCGAGAGGAGAAGGAGGGAUGGAGAUGGAUGAUAGAUGCUUAUGUAGCGCGUCCCGUACGUUUGCCGUUAUGCUCGGCCGCAGACAAACUUGCAUCCUCCCGUGACUUUCUUUCUUUCCCCUGCUGCCCUACCCAUGAAGCAGGACGCAGGGCUGGGCGAAUGCGUGCCAGUGUUCCGGAGCGCGUCGUGAUCGCUUAUUUAUCCGUCUGAUAAAUGGUUUUGGAGCUCGCCGCGCCCGCCAGUGCAGGCCCUGCGCUCCAGCGCUGCAUCCCGCACAUCCAGCGGGUUUUCCGGGUCAGAGUGAGCUGCAGCACCUCCGAGUCCAGCUGCGAAAGCCCCAACGCCGGCUCCAGUAUCAUCGUAAACAUCGAGGACGGCAAGGAAGAAGAUUGCACUAAAGCUAAAGAGUACAUUGUGUCACUGAUUAGUCCUGUGCAUAAGCACCGUGAGCGUUUGACUCUUUGGCUGCAGCGGCGACUGCAUGCCCUACGCGCAGCUAUUGAGUACGAGAGCUGUGCCGUGGUGCAGGUGAGGGACCAUGCACUGGAGCUUCAGGGAGGUCAUGCGCACGUAACAGCUGCAUGCGCUAUGCUGCAGCGCCUGAAGAUAGAGCAUCGCGGCUGCCGCGAACCUCAGCCCUUGCCCGCUGCCGCCGGCCACGACUCUCCAGAAGAAGAAGAAGAGGAGGAGGAGGAGGAGGAAGAAGCUGGGGAAGACGGGAGUAGUUCUGAGAGCGACGGCGAGGCACGGUCGCGGAGCCGGAGAUCUGGAGGAGCUGUCAGUGCAGCGGGGUCAGGAGAAGGAGCAACCGGAAGGAAGCAGGACCUGCUCAUAUCAACCAAACCUCACCGGCAGCUAUGCCGCUCAUCCUGUUUGGACCGUCCCAGCUUCAGCCAGAGCAGCACCUUACAGGAGUUGCGCGCAGAUGACACCCAGAGAGCCCAAAUGCCCUUGCGUCAAACCAGCGAUCGAGAUUACCAAACCAAAAUGGACUUUGCUCUGAAACUGGGCUACUCCGGAGAGCAGGUGGAGUCUGUUUUGAGUAAACUGGGGUCCAAUGCACUAAUCAAUGACGUAUUGGCCGAGCUGGUGCGGCUAGGGAAUAAAGGAGAUCCAGAGAGCCAGGCAGCAGUGGGCUCUGCCGGUUUAACGCCACGGGUGAUGGGAGCCAAAGAAGCCAUAAGCCCUGAGGCAUCACUGGAGGAAGACCCAUCAGACACGUAUGACAACCUCCGACCAAUCGUGAUUGAUGGAUCCAAUGUUGCCAUGAGCCAUGGAAACAAAGAGGUGUUCUCAUGCCUGGGCAUUCAACUGGCUGUUGAUUGGUUCCUGGAGAAGGGCCACAAAGAUAUCACAGUUUUUGUCCCAGCAUGGAGGAAAGAACAGUCGAGACCUGAUGCACCAAUCAAAGAUCAGGAGAUCCUACGGAAAUUAGAGAAGGAAAAGAUCCUUGUCUUCACACCGUCUCGCAGAGUCCAAGGCCGGCGAGUGGUUUGCUACGAUGACCGUUUUAUCGUCAAGCUGGCCUGCGACUCAGACGGGAUCAUUGUGUCCAACGAUAACUACCGAGACUUGCAGAAUGAGAAACCGGAGUGGAAGAAAUUUAUUGAGGAACGACUCCUCAUGUACAGCUUCGUCAAUGACAAGUUCAUGCCUCCUGAUGAUCCUUUAGGGAGACACGGACCCAGUCUGGAAAAUUUUCUCCGUAAACGACCAGUGGUUCCAGAGCACAAGAAGCAGCCGUGUCCUUAUGGUCAGUACAGCAAAAGUAAGAAGUGCACGUACGGCCAUAAGUGCAAGUACUACCACCCAGAAAGAGCCAACCAACCACAACGGGCUGUCGCAGAUGAGCUCAGAGCCUUUGCCAAACUCUCUGCCGUAAAGACAAUGAGCGAGGGGGCACUUGCCAAAUGUGGGACCUCUGGUUCUGCUGCCAAGGGAGACAGUAGCUCAGAGGCAAAGCGAGUGGCACCCAAGCGCCAGUCUGACCCCAGUAUCCGGUCAGUUGCAUGUGAGCAAGAAGAGAGACUCUGUCCAAUGCGGAAGGCUGAGGCCAGUUCUGUACCGUCUUUAGUUUCAGCGCUUAGCGUUCCAACUAUGCCACUGACGAAAAGCCACGCAGCAGGCGCUCUAAACACACGCUCAGCAAGCAGCCCUGUUCCAGGGUCUCUGCACUUUACCCACAGCUCACUUGAACACGCAGGCAGCGUCCAGUAUCCCCCCAUCCUAGUCACCAAUAGCCAGGGCGCAUCUGUGGCUUACGGUGAGCCAUUCCCCAAGUACGACUCUGUGGUAAGCGACCAUGGAUACUAUUCCAUGCUCAGUGACUUCUCCACCAUGAGCCUCCAAGACAGUUUCUGCAGUCUUGAACAGCCAGAGCCUGUAGGGGUUGGUGGAGGAUAUCCUGGCAGAGCCAGCAUGUGCCCAGAACCUGGCCGAAGCCAUUCGUCAGACUCCUUCUCGUCCUACAGUGGAGAGAUGUACCUCAACUCAUUGGAGGGCAGCCUGGACGACAGCAUGAAAGGGCCACCUUCGCAGACCCAGAUGCAACCUUCGGCGCAAACGCGCCUUCAAGCCUUUGCUCACGGUUUCCACCAUGAGGCCUUGACACGUGUGCAGAGCUACGGAACGGAUGAACCCAAACCGGGUCCUCGAAAGCAGUCCUCCGCCCACCUUGCGCCACACACCCAACACCCAGUUGUUGGCGCUCGAUCCAGCUGCCCAGGAGACUACCCUCCUCUCUCCCAGAACAUGUUGCCUUCUGCCAGCCCCUCACAGCACGGUCGAUCCUUAGGCAUGACUCGAAUGGACAGCAUCUCUGACUCACGGCUCUACGAGAGCAACCCGCUGCGCCAAAGGAGACCUCCUCUUUGCCGAGAGCAGCAUGCCAGCUGGGACCCUUUGCCGUGUGGUAAUGAGCCCUACAGUUAUGGAAGCUAUGGAUUAACGGGAGGCCUUAUGCCUUGCUGUGAAAGGGUGAUGGUCCGCAGCAUGCCCGAGAAGAUGGAGCAGAUCUGGAGGUCCCCGUGGGAUAGCGUGCCGCCUCCACCGCCCAGUGCUCGUGGGCCAGCGGAGGAACCCCAAGAGCGGCACCCUAUUCCAGAACACCAGUUUCAAACCUACCGAAACCUCUGUAACAUCUUCCCGGCAUAUGUGGUCCAUUUGGUCAUGGAGGAGAACCCUCACAUGACUGAUCCCCAGCAGCUGGCUGCCGUCAUCGUCACUAAACUGCGCUCUUGCCAUUAAGGCUGCUAACAACAACACCACAAUAUUUAGAUAUCCUAGUGAAUGAGAAAUUGGACGCCUUGAGAAUUUCGUAUUUUGUUUCACUCUGAAGAAACAGCCAGCCCCCAUAUGUAAUUAUGAUUGGAUUGGAUCCAUUAGGAGGUUGGCUAGCAUGAUAGCAUUGAUGCUGCAUUGGUUAUUAUGUAAUCUGUUAAGCCAUAUGGGAGCCUGGAUCUUGUACCUUGAAAAGUUUAGCAUAGAAACGUGAGAUCCCUCAUAAAAAAGGUCCUGCUUUCUCCACCGUUUAGCUCCUGAGAUGGGCCAAAAAGUUCUUAAGGUUGUUCAUAAAGCCGGCUCAAAAGUGUAUCCACAUUGAGAGAGCAACUGCCUG